AUGAUCACUCCCGACCCUGCCCUUCCCAGGCCCGUGAUCGCAUGGACCCCCUCGCUCACAUCUCCCCUGCCAGCGGCACGCCCAGCGGCAGGUCCGGGUACUGCAGGCACAGCAUCAUCUUCACCGCCGCGGUCUCCGCCGUCAUCUGCGGCCCCGCCUCCACGCCCAGGGCCAGCGCGGCGGAGCCAGAGGCGUACAGCUCCGGCUGCAGCGCCCCGCCCGCGCACUGCGACACCAUGGACACCAGGAGCCCCGCCUUGCGCUGCGCGCGCAGCCAGGGCAGCCAGGCGGAGGAGGGCAUGUUGCCCACGCCAAAGGACUCCAGCACCACGCCCCGCACCCCGCGCCCGACCAGGUCACCAUACGCCACGCGGGGGUCGACGCCGGGGACGAUCGGCACGCGCAGGACGGCGGGGUCGAGGCGCAGGCGGGGGCGGUACACGCCCUCGGGCUGCAGCAUGGCGCCCGUGUUCCACUCGACAUCCACGCCCAUGCGCGCCAGGUUGGGGUACGACGGUGAGGCGAACGCCUCGUACACGUUGCUGUGCACCUUGCGCGCGCGGUUGCCGCGCAGCAGCUUGCCCCCGAAGCACAGGGCCACCUCCUGGGGUGUGGGGAUGA